AUGGCGAUUGCUUGGAGAUACAAAGGGCUGGGAAGGUUCGAGUCGGGAGUACCGACAGGAAAAGUCACUCCAUCGAUGACUUUGUCGAAGCAACUUUCGAAAACAGAUGCUCCUCGACCCUUUUGUAAUACUUUUGACCUGACAAAGACAAUUCCAGAAUCGAUUAUAGGAGCCGCAUCCCUAUCUUUGCUAGACAUUAACAAUAUCAUUGAAGGUAGCGGUGACACAAGAUUGUAUGACCAAAUUCUUCAGAAAAUAAGAACAAUGAUGAAAGAGAAGGGCUUAAGCAAUAUAGAAGCUUCUGACGCGAGUGAACAAGUUAAUACACUUCGGAUUUGUAUUGAAUCAAUUGAUUCUCCAGGAUGGCCGCCACAACGUCCAGGUGAAGUGUUUAAAUUCUUCCAUGCUCUGCGCGGACUCUUACGCUCCUCAAAUGCAGCCGCCGUCAUAACAAUGCCUGCUCAUUUGUAUUCGGAUGACUCUCAAGAUGUUGUCAGGCGAAUUGAGCAUAUGUCUGAUGCUGUAAUAGAACUAGAUUCAUUUGCUGCAAGGCCGGGAACUGCAGAUACGGCAUAUAGUCAGGAUUAUCAUGGUCUCUUCUAUGUCCAUAAACUUCCGGUGAUAAAUUCUCUUGUUUCACCAUCGACAAAACUAUCGAUACUCUUAGGGAGUGGCCACAGUAAUUUGGGAUUUAAACUAAGGCGGAAGAAGUUUUCGAUUGAGACAUUCCAUCUUCCACCAGAGGGGGGGGUUAGCGAAAGAAGGACUGGACCGAAUAAGCAGAAGGGGACUGGGGAGGCGGAAUCGAAAAUUGCAGGCAAAGUUGCCAGUGUCGGUUGCGGCUCGUUGCCUGGAAAGACGGAUUUAUACGAGUUUUAG